AUGUUUGGGCAACUAGCUUUCUUUCUGCUUCUCUCGGCAUAUGCUUUGUCGAAUCCACCGAAACCCGAGGACAAAAAAGCACCAGCCUUGAAGCCGUCAAGCCCCAACGACAAAAAAGCAUCGCCUUUGUUGAAGCCAUCGAGUCCCAAGGAUAAGAAAACACCAGCCUCGUCAGACGCCUCGAAACCCAAGAAUCACAGGAGAGUUGACACCAAUGCUCUCAUGGCUCGAAUAUUCAACUUUACGAAGGAUGAUUUCUACUACAUUGAAGGUUUUUACUUACGAAAGGAUUUCCCUACAGUUGACUUUGAUGGGGUAUGA